AUGGAAGAAGAAGUGGAGGAACAUAUUCCACGUUUCAUAAGCAAGUGGAAGGAGCUCCAGUGGCUGUGCAUGGAAAGUACACCAUCUUCUUUCAAUGAAAUGCUCAUGGAAAUCAACACUCAUUGCAAGGACUUUAUGGGGCUUGUGACACGUGGCUGGAUUAGUGAUGAAGAGGCUCUGGAGAUAGUUAAAUUCCUUCCUACGAUUAAGUUCUUGUAUCUAAGAGGGUCUUUCAUGUCCAAGGAAACUCUGAUAAAGAUAAUCGAAGGGUGUAGAGAACUCAAGCUUUUAGAUGUGAAGGAUUGCUUGGGUUUGGAGAUUGACGACGAGACAUUGAAGAAAGCUUCCGGGAUAGAAACCUUUGUGUAUGGGGGCUCGCUCUUAGAACAGAAUGACUACGAUGACGGUGACGACGAUGAAGACAAUGACGGCGGCUCUAAUGAUAUUAUCAUAUUUUACGAUGAAGACUAG